GCUCUCAUUCUCUUUAGUGUUUGCCCUGUGGCCGCCGCCGCCGCCGUCGCCUCCGCGACUCGCUGGCCUUCCUUCCCUCCUUCCUUCCUUCCUUCCUUCCUUCCUCCCCCUCCGUCGCCCUGGACCUCCCCUCCCGCCCCUUCCAGGCAGCCUCCCAUGGACUGAGCCGCCCGCCGCCCACCAGAGCCGGCCCGGGAGCCGCAGCCCACAAGGAGCACCAGGAUCAACAGCUUGCUAGCUCUGAAGAGCAAGCAUCAAAUAUUUUCAAUUAAUCAUCUCAAAAAUGUAUGGAAUAGUGAAAUGCUUCAAAGCAGCAUUUUUGGGAGUACAGUGGCUUAUUUGCAGCUAACACUUCUGAAAAAGCAAUCUGCAACAUAAAAAUAAUCCCCUGGAACUAAAGCCAAAAGUACACAGUCCCUGGAUCACAAAAGGUAGAAAUUCAAGCACUGGUACAGAAAAAGCUACAUUCAAAACCAAGUUUACCUGCAGUGAUUUGUCUUAGAUGGAAGUCAACAUGUCUCAAGUUCAGAUUCAAAAUCCAUCUGCUACUCUUUCCAGCAAUCAGAUAUUAAACAAGAACCAAUCUCUUGCACAGCCUUUGAGUAUUCCUUCUCCCACUAGUUCACUGCCCUCUGAAAAUGCAGGUAGACCUAUUCAAAACUCUGCUUUACCCUCUGCAUCUGUUACAUCUACCAGUGUAGCUGCAGUUCCUUCUAACAUGGCAAACCCCAAAGAGAAAACCCCAAUGUGUCUUGUGAAUGAGUUAGCCCGUUUCAACAAGAUUCAGCCUGAGUAUAAACUUUUGAGUGAACAGGGUCCAGCUCACUCAAAGGUGUUUACAGUGCAGCUGACUCUUGGGGACCAGCACUGGGAAGCUGAAGGAACUAGUAUUAAGAAAGCUCAACAUGCAGCUGCUGCCAAAGCUUUGGAAGGGACAAGAUUUCCUAAACCUACAGCUCGCCCAUCACGUAAUGAAGGAAAGAACCCAGAUAGUGUAACCCCCACAGUGGAACUGAAUGCUCUUUGUAUGAAGUUGGGAAAGAAACCUAUGUACAAGCCCAUAGAUCCUUACACAGAGAUGAGGUCCACCUACAACUACAACAUGAGAGGUGGUGCUUAUCCCCCACGGUACUUCUAUCCAUUUCCUGUGGGACCCUGGCUCUAUCAAGUGGAGCUCUCCAUUGGGGGACAGCAGUUUCAUGGGAAAGGUAGAACAAGACAGGCUGCUAAGCAUGAUGCAGCUGCUAAAGCACUGAAAAUCCUGCAAAACGAGCCCCUGCCUGAGAAACCAGAGAUUAAUGGGAGAGAACCUGAUGAUGAAAAUCUCAAUAAAUCUGAAAUAAGCCAAGUGUUUGAGAUUGCACUUAAAAGGAACUUGCCUGUGAAUUUUGAGUUUUUCCCUCUGAAACAGGUGACCCGGGAAAGUGGUCCCCCUCAUAUGAAGAGCUUUGUAACAAAAGUAUCUGUGGGCGAGUUUAUGGGUGAGGGUGAAGGCAAGAGCAAGAAGAUUUCAAAGAAGAAUGCAGCGAUAGCAGUCCUAGAGGAAUUGAAGAAACUGCCUCCCCUUCCUACGGUUGAGAAAAUGAAGCCACGAAUCAAAAAGAAAACAAAAUCAAUAGUCAAGCUACAGACGAGUCCUGAAUAUGGCCAGGGCAUGAAUCCUAUUAGCAGACUUGCUCAAAUACAGCAGGCAAAAAAAGAAAAGGAGCCAGAGUAUAUGCUAAUCACGGAACGUGGGCUUCCAAGACGUAGGGAGUUUGUCAUGCAGGUAAAAGUUGGCAUGCACACAGCUGAAGGAAUGGGAACUAACAAAAAGGUGGCAAAGCGCAAUGCAGCUGAAAACAUGUUGGAGCUCUUAGGAUUCAAAGUCCCUCAACCUCAACCCCCAAAACCAGCAUUAAAGACAGAAGAAAAGACACCAGUAAAAAAGCCAGGUGAUGGAAGAAAAGUAACAUUUUUUGAACCUGGUUCUGAAGAAAUAUCUAGUAGUAAUAAAGAAGACGAGUUCAGGAUGCCUUAUCUCAGCCAUCAGCAGCUUCCUGCUGGCAUUCUUCCCAUGGUCCCUGAGGUUGCACAGGCUGUUGGAGUCAAUCAAGGACACCACACCAAAGAGUUCAGUAGGGCAGCCCCCAAUCCUGCCAAGGCUACAGUGACGGCUAUGAUUGCAAGAGAGCUAUUAUAUGGUGGCACUUCUCCUACCGCUGAGACGAUUUUAAAAAACAGCUCCUCAGGCCAUGUACCCCAUGGACCUUUCACUAGGCCCUCUGAACAGUUGAACUACCUUUCUGGUGUUCAGGGAAUCCAGGUUGAAUACAAAGAUUUUCCCAAAAACAACAAGAAUGAAUUUGUGUCUCUUAUAAAUUGUUCCUCUCAGCCACCCCUGAUCAGCCAUGGAAUUGGAAAAGAUGUUGAAUCUUGCCACGAUAUGGCUGCAUUAAACAUCUUAAAAUUGCUGUCCGAGUUGGACCAACAAAGUACAGAGAUGCCAAGAACAGGAAAUGGACCAAUGUCUGUAUGCGUGAAGCAAGAAAUGGAAAGUGACCCUCUCCUCAAACCGGCUAGCUCAAACACUUUGGGACAAACACUGGACACCACUGCCUAAAAAGGCUUGACUGGACCCCAAACCUUGAAAGCACCAGAGAAAAUCAAAUGCUUCCUAAUUAAUGUAACCUAACUGUUUUAGAGCGCUACAGUUGUUACGAACCACUGUAGUGUCUAAAUCAUAACCGUUGCUUUUCAAACAGUGAUAAAUUUUUAGUUUCAUUGCAUUGUUUUGAAUGACACUAUAAAUUUUUCAUUUGAAAAAAGUUUCUCAAUUGUACCUAGAAUUAUAGCACAGUUUAGAAACUUUGUUGUCUGACACACUUACCUAUGAACUAACUUGGGAAGAUCAUAUCCAUGUAUGUGUUCUGGUCUUUUUUGUCUUUAAUGAAAUUGAAAAAAAAUUCACUGGAAACAAAUUGUGUGCCUACCAUUUGAUUAAAAAAAGGUCAGAGAGAAAGGCAAGCCUAGCCUGAUUAUCAAACGGUUGACAAAUAAUUAUACAUUUUAGGAAUUUUAAACUUUAUUUGAUCACUUUGAUUUCUAGAAUAUUUUUGUGGGGUGGGGAGGGAGGGGGAACCUGAAUGCAAAAGAAAUUUAAAUGGAUGCUAAUCUUUGUUUUUUAAAAAAAAUUGUGUGUGUGUGUCUGUAUAUAAAGGCACACAAACUCCAUACAGUACAGGAUAUGAUCUCAAUGUAGUGCAUAUAAAACUGCAGAUUGAUUUUCCUUGAGUGCUUUAUACUGUUUAAUUACAUCUCCAUGUAGGGCUGAAAAAAAUUACCUGUUUAUAUAUAAAACUGUGUUGCUUUUGAUGUUGUGUUUAUUGCACACAGUGAUGUGUGCAAUAAAGUUUUUGCAUAUGGUCCAGUUAAAGCACGAUAGCCUUGCAAGUUAAGUACUGCUUCAGUUCAUUGUUUACGCUGGAAUUUUUUCUCUCCCCAUGGAAUGUAAGUAAAAUAGUGAGUGUCCAAUAAAUAUUAAAUACUAAAAAAA